AUGUGCAGAGAUGGCCCCGCCAUUGGCCCCGACAGCUUCGUCUCAGUGCAGUACGUUCUGCGUAGAUCCAACGGAUACUUCGUUGAUGCCUCAUACGGCUUUGAUCGUUUUGACACCUUCGACUUCAAGAUGGGAAGACAGCAAGUGAUCCCAGGUUUUGAAAAGGCAAUCCUCGGCAUGCAUGUUGGAGCAAGAAGACGCUUCAUUCUUCCUCCUGAGAUCGGCUACACGCAAGGAGUCGGUGACAACAAGCCUGGACCGAUGCCUCCAGGGUUGAAGAGAAGCUAA